AUGCCGGACCUCGAAACCCAUAAUGGCAAGCUGCUAUGGUACUACAUCCCAAGCCUGCCAGGAGGAGUCAUAUUCGCUGUUGCUUUUGGACUCCUGACCAUCCUGCACACCGUUGCAAUGUUGAGACACAGAAUGUGGUUUUGUUUGCCAUUCGUCUUGGGUGGAAUUUCAUACAACGCGACCGACGACCUCAUCCUUUACAUCAUGCAGUCCGUUCUCUUGCUGCUAGCACCAAUACUUUUCGCCGCAACACUCUACAUGACUCUAAGUCGUGUCAUUAUUGCCGUCCAUGGCCAAGAGAGUUCCAUCAUCUCAACACGCUGGUUAACGCGUUUCUUCGUCUUCAGCGACUGUUUCAGCUUUCUAGUACAGGCUGGCGGUUCGGGAUUUCUCGUCAAGCCAAGUCGAGCACACAUCGGACAGGUCAUCGUCGUCACUGGUCUCAUGUUCCAAAUCGUCAUGUUCGGCGUAUUCAUCGUCUCAAUUCUGGGGUUUCACCUACGCUUCGCCCGGCACGUCGACAAUCACCGUGUUAGGCACGUUCCGUGGCAGAGUACGCUGACCAUGCUGUAUUUGACUUCUAUCGCGGUUAUGCUGAGGAAUGUGUAUCGCGUGGUUGAGUACGUCUUAGGACGGGAGAGUUAUCUCUCGGUAAACGAGUGGCCUACCUACAUCUUCGACGCCUUGCUCAUGCUUUUCACCAUGGCUGCUUUUUACUGGUGGUAUCCGAGCAAAGUGUGCCAAAAGGAGCAUUAUAGGGAUUCGGAAUCAGAGCUCAUGUGUCGAUCACGUCGUGCUGCAGCCAAGAAAGGCUUAUACAGCAACAUUCCAUCUUCUACACAGCUUGAAGGCGUUCACUAUACAUAA